AUGAGACAAGAAAUGAAAGGCCAGGCAAGACAAGAGUGGCCAGAUGAGAGACAUGAUGGACAAGGUGAGAGGCCAGAUGAGAGGAAACGAGAGAGCCAAGAAGAGAGCGAGACGGGAGAGAGACUGGAGAGGGGCAAGACAGGUUCAAGAAAGAGGGAGGAGGGGAGAGAGGGAGAGAAGGGAGAGCAAGGGGAUGAGACGAGAGGUUCAGGGCGAGGGAGCGGAGAGAGGGAAGGAAGACAAGAGGGGAAGAUGAAAAGGAAGGGGAGGGGAGAGAGGAUGGGAGCUAGAGGGGAGGGGGGUGACAGAGAGAG